UAUGGCUGUACGCUGCUGAGAUAGAUUGGCAGGUUUCAAUCACUGAUUAGUAAAAGUUGUUCCUCGUGCUUUACAAGCUGUAACACUUCUGUGCUGAAAAUAUACGUGGUGUUCCUAUUAGCACUGAUAUUUUCACUGGUUGGGCAAAGUCCCAAUUUCUCCUCCUAUCGACAACUUUAUAUUUAUUAUGGCUACACGUGUCCGACCGAGCGGUAAACGGUGUGCUGUAAUCGGGGGGUCUGGUUUCCUGGGGAGACACCUGGUCGACAAGCUGCUGGAUCGCGGCUAUUCCGUUUCUGUGUUUGACAUUCGUCAGAGUGACGAGCUGAAGCGACCUGGUGUCGCUUUCCACCAGGGAGACCUCUGUGAUAAACAGGCUCUGUUGCUAGCCCUGAAGGACAUAUCACUGGUUUUCCACUGUGCCUCCCCAGCUCCUGCAAGCGAUGAUAGAUUACUGUUUGAAAGGGUUAACAUUCAGGGAACAAAGACAGUUAUUCAUGCCUGCCUCGAGGCUGGAGUACAGAAACUAGUCUUGACAAGCAGUGCCAGUGUUGUGUUCGAGGGCACGGACAUCAAGAAUGGUCGAGAGGAUCUACCGUACGCCAAGAAGCCCAUCGACUACUACACACAGACCAAAAUAGUACAAGAGAAGUUGGUCCUUGAGGCAUGUGACAAGCAGAAAGGUUUUCUCACAGUUGCUAUUCGUCCUCAUGGCAUCUUUGGUCCUCGGGAUCCACAGCUGGUUCCCAUCCUGGUGGACACAGCUCGCAGGGGCAAGAUGAAGUUUAUUAUCGGUGAUGGGACCAAUUUGGUUGAUUUCACCUUUGUGGAGAAUGUGGUUCAUGGACACAUCCUGGCUGCUGAGUGCCUGAGACCAGACUCUCCCAUCUGUGGCAAACCGUACCACAUCACCAAUGAUGAGCCAGUUCGUUUCUGGGACUUUAUGUCUGAGGUGUUGGUGGGUCUGGGAUAUGCUGCUCCACGCUUUCACCUCCCUUACAGGCUGGUUUAUGGACUGGCUUUGCUUCUGUGGCUGCUGACCUGGAUCCUUCGUCCUCUUGUAUCUUUCAAACCAACCUUUACACCAAUGAGAGUAGCUUUGGCCGGCACCCACCACUACUACAGCUGCGAACGAGCUAAAGAGCACCUGGGCUACAAACCAGUAGUCAGCCUGAAGGACGGGAUUGCUCGCACAGUGGAGAGCUACCCUCAUCUCAGAUGUGGGGCUUGAUGGUAGAAUGGAGAUAAAAAACCGCUCAGACAUGACAAGCAGAGCAUUUAUGAUAACAAUAAUUUGCACUGAUUAGGCAAUUUACAAUAAUGGAAGUCACUGUUAAUAGUCACCUGUGAAAGGCACACAAACUCGUCACUACUACUUCAACUUCCACCAGCAGAUGGCAGUAAAAGGCCAUCACAUCAGUCCUCUCAUUGCCUCCUGGUUCUGGAAUUUACUAGAUCAUUUGAUGUUGCAUUGAUUACAGUUUAUUUUUGCUCUAUUUUCAUUUGUGUUUCAUCUUUUGUGUUAUGAACUCAGGUUUUGCUGCCAAGAUGUUGAAGUGCUUCAGUGCAUCCUGCUUACCAAUAGUGCUCUUGAUAAAUGAAGGAAAACGACUGUUUAAAAAGCAAUAGGUUUUGGUGACAGUGAUUUAUAAUGCUGGCCAGGAGCAGGUUUGGCAACCUCCUCUGAGUUCCAUUUUUAGUGACAUCUUCUAGAAAAAUAACAUCUACAUGCUGUUUGUUCCAAAAAUGUUGCAGAGGCCCUUUACUUCCUUAGCAUCACAGUCCCUUCAGUCACAAAGUGACAUUAACAAAAGCAGUUUUCACUAGUGAAAGUAAAAUAGUUUUAUUAAACCACAUAAAAUACCUUUUUAGGAUAGAUUAAAGUCCUGAUUGUGCCUCAUCACCAUACAUCUGUCGCUGACCUUACUAAUGCUCUUGUGGCUGAUUUUAGGGAAAAUGCCUGCAGCCAGGUCAGAAAAUUAUGUGGAAAACCUUGCUAGAUGAGUGAAAGUUGCAUAAUAUAGUAGCCUUUUUGCACAUAGUUUAAAACACGUAUUCUUCAAGUUGGGCCUAAACAGUACUUGCAUACAAAUGUGAACAUUAAAAUUUGUCUGCUGUCCAUC